AUGAUUGUGGACUUCAGGAAGAGCACUGUCCCCCCGCCCCCACCCUCCGUGAUGGACUCCCCCAUCACCUCUGUGGAGUCCUUCCGUUUCCUGGGCACCACCAUCACCCAGGACCUCAAGUGGGAGCCGACCAUCAGCUCCCUCAUCAAGAAGGCCCAGCAGAGGAUGUACUUCCUGCGGCAGCUCAGGAAAGCCAAGCUGCCUGCACAGAUGUUGGUGCAGUUCUACACGGCCAUCAUCGAGUCCAUCCUCACCUCCUCCGUCACCGUGUGGUUCGCUGGAGCCACAGUCAGGGACAAACAGAGACUACAGCGCAUUGUGCGCUCUGCAGAGGAAGUGAUCGGCCGCAGCCUUCCAUCGCUGCAGGACCUCAAGAGGAAAAAGAGGAGGGAGCGAAAGGACUCUCGUUGCGAAACCUCCAGCAUUUCUCUGGGAAGCAGCGGGACUGUGGCCCCUCUGUCCUGGGUCUGUGUUCGGAUCUCUGGAGUCAUGUAUCGGCGGCCGCUUCAGUCCGCCGUGAAAAGCAUAGUCAAAGUGACUGCCUCCAGAGCUUACGGAAAGGUAUUGGAAGAAGGUUCCUCUGCCGGAGUUUCAGUUGCGUACCAGUUCAGAGUUCCUCUUCCCUCUUCAGCACCAUGUCGGACACUACACAGCACCUCUCAGCUCCUUCAUGUAAAACAAACUCACCAACACACAGAGGAAGAAGUGGGUGCCUUCACAAAGCUCAUUGAGGCAAUGGGUUUCACGGGGCCUCUCAAGUACAACAAGUGGAAAAUCAAGAUCGCUGCCCUGCGCAUGUACACCUGCUGUGUAGAGAGAAUCAAUUAUGAUGAUUUCUUUGAAAAAUGUGCCCUGCCGGACACACUCAACUCCUGGUUCCUGGUCGCACAGUUACAUGUCUGGAUGUGCUUGGUGCGGAUGCGACAGGAGGGCAGAGAAGGAAAAUACAUGUGUCGUUACGUUGUUCACUCCAUGUGGGAGGAUGUGGAGCAGAGGAGCAAGAUCAUGGGGAUUGAUGCCAGCCAAAGAAAAGAAGCAACAAAAGCCAUGACAGAGACUUUCUAUGCUGCAAUAUUUGGAUACGAUGAGGGGAUUCUCUCGGACGACAGUGUUCUGGCUGCAGCUCUGUGGAGGAACCUGUUCAACUGUCAGUGUGAGGAUCCCCAACAGCUGGAGCUCAUGGUGGAGUACGUCCGCAAACAGAUGCAGUUCAUUGAUGCCUUGGAUGGGGGUGACCUGCUGCUCACAGGAGAGGUCAAGUGGCGCCCCCUGGUGGAGGAGAAUGCUCAGAGUAUUCUCAAGGUGACCACGCCGACGUACAACGACACUGGCCUCUGA